AUGAAUUCCCAUUCAAAUAGCAAAUAUAAUAAUACACUAAAUUUAAUUAUUUCGAAACCUCUAUAUAAUAGCACACCUCAUAAUCAUGAAUAUCCCAAUGAAAGUGGCUAUUCUUCCUCAUUUAUUGAAUGCACAAAACCUUCACCUGACAAUGAAAAUCAUCCAGGAACACCUAGCUCAGAUAUAAUAUUUUCACCAUCAUCCAUGAUCCUUCAAUCUGACAAAACUAUUGAAUCAUGGAUGCAUCAACAGCUAAAUGAAAUUCACAAAUUUCCAAUUGAAUUGAUAAUUGGGAAAAAGAUGGGAAGAGAAAAAAUAGAUUAUUUUAAAGAAUUUUAUGCAAUCAAUUGCUACAUGUUGAUUGAUCAAACUUUAGCUACUAUCCAGUAUCCUUCAUUUUGCAAAAUAUGCUUAGUUAGUAAACUGUGGUGUCAUUUAGUCCAGAAUUCAAACAAAUAUAAGAAAGGGCUACAGAAAUAUAACAAUUUUCAUAAAAAUCAGGAACAGAAAGAAAAUAUCAAUAAUAUUAAGCACAAAUAUAUGGAGCAAAGAAAACCUUUAAAAAACCUAGAAAAACAAUUAAAUAUUUUGCCAAAAAUUCCCUUUGCAGAAGUCAAUAAAAAUUAUCAACCCUCAAAAUUGGACAUUUAUAUCAAAAAGGCCAAAACCCUCAAAAACUGCGAAAAUUUUGUUCCUUGUCCCAAAUGCCAUUAUCCAGCCUUAUUCAAACCGAUCAUGGAAAAGGGCGUAUGCACAUCUACUCAUUGUGGCUUUCAAUUUUGUUCCAAAUGCAAAUUAGAAUUCCAUAAAUCUAUCCCGUGUUUAUCGAUGUCCAAUCUUGCCUAUAAGGAAGAAGAGAUGUCCAUUUUGGAUGAUUAUAAUAAUAGUAUUAAUAGUAGUAGUAAUAAUUUAGCAUCAAAAUCGACAAAACCCAAUGGAACAACAAGCAAACAUUCAGCUAAAAGCAGGGAAUCCUUUACUAGCCGCUCAAAAAUUGGGAGCAAAACUAGCGUUAAAAACCUUAAACGACUUCUAUGA